AUGGUCCGAGGAUGCAGCCUCAGACCGGACUGGCAGCACAUCGACGCUUUUCGCCUUCCAAAGGUCGCUGACGAGACGACCCUCAAACCAUUCGAUAUCAACUCACAGUCAAGCAGUUCCGGGGGACGGUUGUAUGAGCACCCUGAAGAGCCAGAGGAUUUCACUCAUCCAGCUUCAGAAGAAGGAAAACGCAAAACAUUUGAUCGCCCGGUUGGUGUCCACGCAACUGGUUCCCUUUUGUGUCGCUUCGUUGCGACAAACUCUUCGAGGACGCUGAGUCCGACGAUAGCCAAGAGGGGCAAUAACGACACAGCGAUGCAAACGGGUUGGAUGAUCUCAUGUUGGUUAGGUCUGAGCAGACGUGAUGACAGGUACACGGUUCGAAUCAUGCCCGGUGUGCUAGUGGUGUGUGUGUAA